ACCCUGGAUGGUUGUCCUGCAGGAUGAAGGAUUCGGGGGAAGGAUUUGAGGCUGUGGUGAGUGGCUAGUGCCUUCCUUUGCGAGGGCUGAAGUGACUAGAUAGUUGAGAAGUUAUCGACAUGGCUUGCGACAGUCGUCUGCCCGACGGGCAGAAUUUCGGAAAAUGAGCUUAAUGUUCACAAGCAAUCAUGUCAUUCGAUCGACGACGAAAGGAGUGGGGAUGCGAGUGAAUGAUAGCGUAUCCUUUCUGCUUCUUAUUGGUCUCAGCCUGGUUUCCGGGGGUCUCGAAGUGGCUGGCGUAGCUAUAGACAUGUGGUCUAUGUACGUCUAUCGAGUUACUCUGCGUUCACCAAAGACGAAUCCGACCAACCACAGCUCGAUAUUUUCUCGAUUUGAGAUUACCCCCGUCGCGGGACUUCUCCGAAGUUCCCCCAUAGUGCAGUGAGACCAUUCGUGGCAUCCCCACCGGGUAAGGGGACGGGAUGCGGCGUCCAACCCUAAACCGUGCCGAGUCUGGAAGGGCGGGACGGUUAGGAGCCAACUA